GCGGGCGCCCCCCCUUACUUGCUAAUAUGAUUUAUUAACUAUUGCCUUCUGUUAACAGCAUAAAAGCGUACAAAUCGAUUUUGAAUCAUUGUUCCAUGUACUAAAACAGCUAAUUCAAGCGUAUUUUAGAUAACUAUAAAAAUGCUUUUUCAAAAUUUAUUUCGUAAAAAAAAUGCUUUUACAAAUGAUUUAAAGACUCCACUUUUACGAUGCUUAAAUCUAUUCGAUCUGAUACUUCUGUCGGUAAGUGGAAUGAUUGGUUCGGGUAUUUAUGUUUUGACUGGAGUUGUUGCCAAAGAUCUGACUGGGCCUGCCAUUAUUAUUUCUAAUCUAUUAGCCGGUUGUGCUUGUCUACUUGGUGCUCUUUGUUAUGCUGAAUUUGCUGCUCGGAUUCCACGAGCUGGCUCAUCGUAUAUAUUUAUUUAUGAAUCAAUUGGUGAAAUAGUUGCAUUUCUUGUGGGAUUUACAUCGAUCGUUGGAGGAUUGACAAGUUUAGGUGUUAGUGCUCGAGUAUGGUCGGCAUAUUUUGAUGCAUUAUUUAAUAACACCAUUCAUUCUUUUAUUACUGAGCAUAUAAUUCAUUGGCCUGAUGCUCAAGCGCCAUUUUCUAAAUAUCCUGAUCUAUUAGCUUUUGGCAUAACUAUGAUUGUUAUCUUCGCUAUGCUUGCUGGUUUAAAAAAUUCAAAAUAUUUAACAAAUAGUUUAACUGUUGUUAAUAUGUCUGCUCUGUUUUUUAUUGGUGUCACUGGAUUCGUUCUUGGCAAUGCACAUAAUUAUCAACCAUUUAUUCCCUAUGGAGUAUCGAGUAUUUUUCGUGGUAGUUCUCUAUUACUUUAUUCAUAUAUUGGCUUUGAAAUGGCAACUAUAGCUAUUGAAGAAGCAAAAAAUCCAUCCAAAAUAGUUCCACAAGCGACUGUGAUAUCACUUCUUAUUGUUACAUCACUCUAUUCAUUAGCUGGAGCAUCAUUAACAUAUCUUAUUCCAUAUAAAGAUAUUAACAGUGAAUCAUCAUUUGCGCAUGCGUAUAGCUUAUCUAAAUGGCCAUGGGCGAGCUAUAUUAUUUCAAUAGCUAUUGUAUUUAGUGCUGGUGGAAAUCUGUUGUCGGGUACCUACGGAUGCAUUCGUAUUAUUUAUGCCAUGUCGACAGAUGGAUUAUUGCCAUCAAAAUUAAGUUAUGUGAAUGAAGGGCGACAUGUUCCAGUUAUUGCAACAUGUUCAGCUUGUUUCAUUAUUGCACUUCUUGCGACAUUUUUUGAUAUCAAAGAUUUGAUUGGUUUUGCUGAUAUUUCUGCUCUUCUCAGUUAUACUGGUGUGUCCAUGGGUUUACUCAUUGAACGAUAUGAUCAUCAUAUGCCCUACAGAAUCCUAUUAACUCAAGAAGAAAAUGUCGAAGAAGAACAAAUGCAUGAAUUGAAUAACGAUAAAGAUGACAAUGAAGAUAUUGAAUUAAAUGACAUAGUAGAACAAGAUCCAUUUUUAACUCGAGUAACUCGUUCACUUUGCGGGCCAUGCAUUCCAUUAAUAGAUUCGUAUUUGUCUCCAAAACGCACUGCAAUUGUAUUGCUUCUCAUAUUUAUUCUGAGUACAAGUGUUUUAUCUAUUAUGACUAUUCACAUAUUGAAUCGAAAUCGUUUAUUACAUAUAAAGCAAAUAGGAAAACUUCUAUUUACAUGUCCAGGGAUUCCCAUAGUACCACUGAUUAAUAUAAACAUUUUUAUUGUUCUUAUGGUCUUUCAAGAUGCUCAUGAUUGUUAUCGGCAUAGUAAAGCCAGUUAA